UGGCGGACAAGAUGUUGUCGCCGUAUACUGCCGGUGGAUUUUUCAAGACUCCAGUGAGUAAGGUGUUGGUUGGGUCGUCCAUUCUCAAUUACUUCCUAGUGAGCUUUCCCUUGCAACAUUACAAACAUCUGUUUGUGUACAAUCCCUCGUUAGUGGUGGAUGAAGGACAGCUAUGGCGUCUCCUCACGGCCAAGCUGGUAUUCCUGGAUAUGAAGGACGUGCUCAUUGGUGCCCUCAUCUUUUAUUAUCUGCGGAUAUUUGAGCGUAGAUUCGGCUCCAGGAAGUAUUGUUCCUAUUUGUUGGGUUCAGGACUACUCGCCUCCAUGCUAGAAAUACUGAUGAUAUACGGCUGUAAAAGAUUUCAUUUGGACCUGGGAAACUUCCCCUCAGGACCGUUGUGUUUCCUCUACCCUCUGUACAUACCAUAUUUCUGUGACAUACCACGAGUUGCCCUAACACACAUGUGGGGAAUCCCUGUCACCGGCAAAUCUUUCACCUACAUUCUAGGUUUACAGAUAGCAAGUGGAACAGUAGAGUCCGGUUUGCUGGCGUUCUGUGGUUGUAUGGCUGGCAUAUUUUACCGCCUCAACUUUCUGAAGAUCAAGUCCCUCGUAACGAUACCCGAAUUUUGUGCCCGUAUCUGCGACAAGACAAUUGGUCGAGCUCUCGUCACUCCAUCACCGCGAGUUCCUGCAAAUAUGGGGGCCACGAUAGAAAUACAACGCCAACAACAGUUGGAGCGCCUGGAGCAGCAGAUGGACUGGGGACAGUUCCAGCAGCAACCCUGGGGGCUCAACAUUGGCCGGCCGCAGCCAAGGAAUGUGGCCAAUGGUGCAGGAAUAUUUGGUCAAGGGAAUGUACGACACCGCCAUAAUCAGAAUCCAAGUGUUGGUGCAGAAGGUGGAGGUUCCGGUGUGGGGGUUGCUGGAGCUGCAGCAGGACCCCCUGACUCUCAGGUAAACAUGCUAAUGGAGAUGGGGUUCACACGGGACAAAGUGCUUCAGGCCCUGAUGGUGACAAACAAUGAUAUGAACAUGGCUACAAAUGUGCUCCUACAGGAGUCCUAGAGUUAAAAUAAAGAGCUUCUGGAGGAAAACUAAAGGGCCAUAUGGCAGAGCAGCACAUCUAAUCAUUUGUCAUGGCCAUAUUUGUGUUUGUAGGUGUUGCUAAGUCUCCUAUAAUUGUCUCCUUUAAAUGAUUCAUGAUCUCCUGUGAUCAGCCAAUAAUCUUCUAGAUGGGUGUAACAGCAUUCUCCUACAACAUGCUCUUACAACAGGCCCCACAACAAGGUUCUACAGCAUGCCCAUAUGAUGUGCUCCUACAGCAUACAUGUACUCCUACAACAGGCCCCACAACAAGGUUCUACAGCAUGCCCAUAUGAUGUGCUCCUACAGCAUACAUGUACUCCUACAACAGGCCCCACAACAAGGUUCUACAGCAUGCCCAUAUGAUGUGCUCCUACAGCAUACAUGUACUCCUACAACAGGCCCCACAACAAGGUUCUACAGCAUGCUCAUAUGAUGUGCUCCUACAGCAUACAUGUACUUUUACAACAUGACCCACAACAAGGAUCUACAUCAUGCCCAUAUGAUGUGCUCCUACAGCAUACAUGUACUCCUACAAUAGUCCCCACAACAAGGUUCUACAGGAUGCCCAUAUGAUGUGCUCCUACAGCAUACAUGUACUUCUGCAACAUAACCCACAACAAGGUUCUACAGCAUGCCCAUAUGAUGUGUUCCUACAGCAUACAUGUACUCUUACAAUAGGCCCCCACAACAAGGUUCUACAUCAUGCCCAUAUGAUGUGCUCCUACAGCAUACAUGUACUUCUACAACAUGACCCAUAGCAAGGUUCUACAGCAUGCUCAUAUGAUGUGCUCCUACAGCAUACAUGUACUCCUACAACAGGCCCCACACCAAGGUUCUACAGCAUGCUCACAUGAUGUGCUCCUACAACAUUACCACACAGCACGCACCUGUGAAACAACCCCUAAUAUGAUUCUACAGCAUGCCUAUAUGAUGUGCUCCUACAACAUUACCCCACGAGGUUCUACCUGUCAAACAGGUACAUUUCAUGACGCUGAUGUUUGACCCAGAUGCCUUGAAAUAAAGGUCUUGUGUGCUAAGUAAGUUGAAGUUCGGCUCGGAUUACGAGAUACUUUACCUGACGCCAACUUUUGUAGGUUUUGUAAAACAAGGUCUAACUUGUUCUUUAACUAAAAUUCUGCACAUGAUCAUUUGAACUGUGGGUGAUAAGUUGUUAAGUAGGGAGAUAAAUAUUUAGAACAGCCUUACCUCCCUUGGCUUAAAUGUAGCAAGAACAGGCAGCUCAGCUUCAGUACUUUCUUUACAUUUUUCAAAAGAAUUUUUUUUUGUAAAAAUGCUGAUGGCUGCAAUUCAGCUGUAAUUAUGAAGUUUUGUGAGCAAAUAUGUGUAUAUACAUGAUUAUUUAAUGUGUUUAAAUUGUAAAGUUAAAUGGCGACAUGAUUAUUUAAUGUGUUAAAAUUGUAAAGUUAAAUGGCGGUCUUCAUUGAGUUAUGGCCUCUUAUUGGUGCGCAAACCAAACUGGUGGACAGAAAUAUUUUUCUUUUCAUUCUCUACAUGUAGAUGACGCCAUGAUUGCCCGUCAAGUUCUGACAAAUCCCUCCGGUGUCUAUUUUUAGCUGAUACUCAGCCGCAUGUACAUAUAUAUAUAUAUAUAUAUACAUAUAUGUAUAGAGAGAGGUGUUGUAAAAGGAAAAAUGCCUAUGUUAGAAAUUGAUAAAAUACCUCCUGUAAUUUUGGCAGUAAAUUAUUUAAUGUUCUUCAGUGAAAUUAAUUGUCAUGUGAAGCGUUUCUGUUUUGACAUGUAUCAUUCACCAUUUUGUACCGUUACCAAAUUUGUACAAUUCUCACCAUUGACGAAUGUGUCCAGGACCUUGAAAUGAUUUCAGAAAAAAAAUGCCUCUCUCCUUUUGUUUCAAAAUGGCUGUCUUGAACUCUGAAGAAAAUUGAGAAAGAGUUAGAGGCAAUCAUUAAUUUAUUUUUUUCACAGAAAAUCUUCUAUCAUUUUUCUACAUGUAAAAAGAUAUAUUUCUAUUCAUAUGUUUUCAACUAUCAGGGGUUUCAUUCUUGUUUUCUAUUGAAAAUCCGAAACAAAAUUCUUUAGUUGUUUGGACAUUAAGUUUAAUUCUCUGUAAAGAGAAGACGGAAUCAAGCAGUGCCACUGGAGUGACUUGAUUAAUAGAUCAUAUUUAUAUGAAGCUAUUGUUUUACAUUUGAAUAUAUAUAAAGGUAUAAUAUUGUGUACAUAAUGUAAGCAUAAUACAUUAACAAAGACUUCA